AUGGAUCUGCCAAAGAAAAAGCGCUUCAGCCCCAAGAGAAGCCGGGAGGGCCCGGUGUGCUCCCUGGGCACGUGUGCUGCCCCAGAAGAGAGUUCUGGGAAGACUCACACAGGCUUCGACGCCAACCUGGGGAAGAUUCUCCUGGGGUCAGACAAUGUGCCCAGGAGGCCUUCCUCAGAGCUUGACCUUGAAGCCCCCUUUAUACCCACGCCCCUGGUCCCACCCUUGGUCUUAGACAAGGAGCAGCCUGGGAAGUCGCCCCUGACCGGGGUUAAGAAGCAGUACCCACUGAUGAAGCAGCAUGGCUUCUACUCGGACAUCCUCAGCCCUGGGACCCUGGAUCAACUAGGGAAUGUUUCCUGCGGCCCCUCCGUCCACCAGAGCCUCCUGUACCAGGCGGACCUUGACAAGUACACCCCGAAAGUGCUCACCUUCAAGGUCCCGGAAGACUUCCAGCAGCAGGUGGAGCAGCAGCGCAUCGGGGCCACCACCCAGCGGCUCUCACAGACCGACUUCCCGCUCCAGGCCUACGAGCCCAAGGUGCAGGUGCCCUUCCAGGUGCUGCCCGGCCAGUGUCCCCGCAAGAUCGAGAUUGAGAGGAGGAAGCGGCAGUACAUGCGCCUUGACAUCGAGAAGCUGCUGGCGGAGGAAGGCGUGGACUCCAACAAGCUCAUGCCCAGGCACCCCGACCCCGAGGACCCCCAGACUAUCGAGCAGGGCCACGACCCGCUUUUUCCCGUCUACCUCCCGCUGAAGAUCUUCGACAAUGAGGACUUCGACUGCCGCACCCCACAGGAGUGGAUUAGCAUGGGCCUGGAGCCGGGGUCUCAGGACAGGAAGCCUGUCCCUGGAAAAGCCCUCCUGCCUACCGACGAUCUCCUGGGGCACGAGGACCCCAAGAGUCGGACGCUGGAGUACCGCUGGUGCGAGGUUGGCGUCCUGGACUACGACGAGGAGACCAAGCUGUACCUGGUGCACAAAACGGACCAGAACGGCUUAGUGCGCGAUGAGAAGGGGCGGCCCAUCCGGAACGCGGGCAUCACCAGCGAAGGGAGGCCUCCUCUCCUGGCCCGCCAGUACUGGAUACCGAGGGUCCAGCUGCUCUUCUGCGCCGAGGACCCCCGCGUGUUCACGCGGCGCGUGGUCGAGGCCAACGCUCUGCGCAAGAACACGGAGGCGCUGCUGCUGUACAACCUGUACGUGGACUGCAUGCCCGCGGACGGCGAGCGGCCGCUCGGCGAGCCCAGCCUGCAGCGGAUCCAGCAGUGGGCGCUGAGCACGCCGCGCAUGCGCAGAGGGCCCCUGGUUGUGGAGCACCUCAACAGCCUCUCCCGGGAAGUCAACCUGGACUACAGGCGCAGCAUGAACAAGAUCACUUUCGACACGAUCGUCUCCUCCAAACCCGACACCUUCUCCUACGUGACUCUGCCCAAGAAGGAGGAGGAGAAGGUGCCCAAGAAAGGGCGGGUGUCUGUCCCCAAGUACCCGUUCCGGGAGCAGCAGGAGGACUUCACCUUCGUGUCUCUACUCACACGGCCGGAGGUCAUCACGGCCCUCAGCAAGGUGCGGGCCGAGUGCAACAAGCUGACCACCAUGUCCCUGUUCCACUCGGCCCUCUCCAAGUACAGCCGCCUGGAGGAGUUUGAGCAGAUCCAGUCGCAGGCCUUCUCCCAGGUGCAGAUGUAUCUCAAGGACACGUGGAUCAGCACGCUGAAGGUGGCCAUGCGCAGCAGCCUGCGGGACAUGAGCAAGGGCUGGUACAACCUGUACGAGACCCGCUGGGAGGUGUACCUCAUGUCGAAGCUGCGCAAGCUGAUGGAGCUCAUCAAGUACAUGCUGCAGGACUCGCUGCGCUUCCUGGUGCAGGACUCGCUGGCCAGCUUCACGCAGUUCAUCAGUGACGCCUGCUGCAGCGUGCUCGACUGCAGCGAAGACAUGGUCUGGGGCGACGACCUCAUCAACAGCCCCUACAGGCCCCGUAGACACCCGCUAUUCAUCAUGGACCUGGUGCUGGACAGCUCGGGGGUGCACUACAGCACGCCGCUGGAGCAGUUCGAGACAGCGCUGCUCAGCCUCUUCGACAAGGGCAUCCUGGCCACCCAUGCCGUGCCCCAGUUAGAGAAGAUGGUGAUGGAGGACAUCUUCAUCAGCGGCAACCCCCUGCUGGAGUCGGUGGGGCUGCACGAGCCCCUGGUGGAGGAGUUCCGGGCUGCUAUCGCCAACGCAAUACGCAAGGCGAUCAUCCCCCUGCAGGCCUAUGCCAGGGAGUAUAACAAGUACCUGGAGCUGCACAACAAGGACAUCGCCACCUUCCUCAGAGACUAUCAGAAGCAGUGCCCAACGGCAGAGGAGGUACGGCAGGUGGUCCUCACGCACCUGCAGGAGAAAGAUGUCCUGGACACCUCGCUGCCCAGCAACCUGGUCAUCGGGCCCUUCUUCAUCAACGUGGAGAACGUCAAGCAGAGUCUGUCCAAGAAGAGGAAGGCCUUGGCCACGUCCAUGCUCGACAUCCUGGCCAAGAACCUGCACACGGAGGUGGACGCUAUCUGUGAGGAGUUCCGCAGCAUCAGCCGCAAGAUGUACGGGAAGCCCAACAGCAUCGAGGAGCUGGCGGAGCUUCGCGAGUGGAUGAAGGGCAUCCCCGAGCAGCUCGUCGGGCUGCAGGAGCGGAUUGUGAAGGUCAUGGAUGACUACCAGGUCACGGAUGAGUUCUUCUACAGCCUCAGCAUGGAGGACUUCAACGACAAGCUUGGGAGCCCUGUGUUUGUGGUUGGGCCUUCGGGGGUCCUGGGGAGUAGUGUGACCCUCCAGUCUGGUGGGCAGUCUCCAGGAAGGGGCAUCCCCCCCUACCCAGCGCAAGAGCCCCGAGUGAGAAAGGGCUCCGAGGUAUCAGUCUGCCAAGCCUUCCUGGAGACCACAGAGACCCGGCCAGCCUCCUGCCAGGAGGUGGCCUUGGACAUCCGUGCGCGCGUCGAGGAGUUCAAGCCCUACAUCCCGCUGAUCCAGGGCCUGCGCAACCCGGGCAUGCGCAACCGCCACUGGGAGGAGCUGUCCCAGGAGAUCAACAUCAACGUCAGGCCCAAGGCCAACCUGACGUUCGCCCGCUGCCUGGAGAUGAACCUGCAGGAGCACAUCGAUAGCAUCAGCAAGGUGGCCGAGGUGGCCGGCAAGGAAUACGCCAUCGAGCAGGCCCUGGACAAGAUGGAGAAGGAGUGGUCAUCCAUCCUGUUCAACGUGCUACCCUACAAGGAGACGGAAACCUACAUCCUCAAGAGCCCGGAUGAGGCCUCGCAGCUGCUGGACGACCACAUCGUCAUGACCCAGAGCAUGUCCUUCUCCCCCUACAAGAAGCCCUUCGAGCAGCGCAUCAACUCCUGGGAGACCAAGCUGAAGCUGACCCAGGAGGUGCUGGAGGAGUGGCUGAACUGCCAGCGCUCCUGGCUCUACCUGGAGCCCAUCUUCAGCUCCGAGGACAUCAACCGGCAGCUGCCGGUGGAGAGCAAGCGCUACCAGACUAUGGAGCGGCUCUGGAGGAAGAUCAUGAAGAACGCCUACGAGAACCGGGAGGUGAUCACCGUGUGCGCCGACCAGAGGCUGCUGGACAGCCUGCGGGACUGCAACAAGCUGCUGGACAUGGUGCAGAAGGGCCUCAGCGAGUACCUGGAGACCAAGCGCAGCGCCUUCCCCAGAUUCUACUUCCUGUCGGACGACGAGCUCCUGGAAAUCCUCUCGCAGACAAAGGACCCCACGGCCGUGCAGCCCCACCUGCGCAAGUGCUUCGAGAACAUCGCCCGGCUGCUGUUCCAGGAGGACUUGGAGAUCACACACAUGUACUCAGCCGAGGGCGAGGAGGUGAAGCUGUCCUCCUCCAUCUACCCCUCCAACAAUGUGGAGGACUGGCUGCGGGAGGUGGAGGCCAGCAUGAAGGGCAGCAUUCGGGACUUCAUCAGGUGGGCCAUCCAGGCCUACCCCACGAUGCCCAGGACCCAAUGGGUUCUCAAGUGGCCCGGCCAGGUGACCAUUGCUGGGUGCCAGACCUACUGGACCAUGGAGGUGGCGGAGGCCCUGGAGGCUGGGGACCUCAGCAGCCGGCUCUUCCCCAAGCUUGCCCAGCAGCUCAGUGACCUGGUGGCCCUGGUUCGGGGGAAGCUGUCCCGCAUGCAGCGCACUGUGCUGUCAGCCCUGAUCGUCAUCGAGGUCCACGCCAAGGACGUGGUGGGCAGGCUGGUGGCGGAGGACGUGGUCAGCGUGAACGCCUUCGAGUGGAUCUCGCAGCUGAGGUACUACUGGACCAAUGAAGACCUGUACAUCCGCGCCGUCAACGCCGAGUUCAUCUACGGCUACGAGUACCUGGGCAACAGCGGGCGGCUGGUCAUCACGCCCCUCACCGACAGAUGCUACCUGACCCUGACUGGGGCCCUGCACCUCAAGUUUGGGGGUGCCCCUGCAGGUCCAGCUGGCACAGGGAAGACAGAGACCACCAAGGAUCUGGGCAAGGCCCUGGCCAUCCAGACGGUUGUGUUCAACUGCUCGGACCAGCUGGAUUUCAUGGCCAUGGGCAAGUUCUUUAAGGGCCUGGCCAGCGCCGGAGCCUGGGCCUGCUUCGAUGAGUUCAAUCGCAUCGACAUCGAGGUGCUCUCCGUGGUGGCCCAACAGAUCACCACCAUCCAGAAGGCUCAGCAACAGCGGGUGGAGCGCUUCAUGUUUGAGGGCGUCGAGAUCCCCCUGGUGCCGUCCUGUGCUGUGUUCAUCACCAUGAACCCUGGCUACGCCGGCCGUACUGAGCUCCCCGACAACCUGAAGGCGCUCUUCCGCCCAGUGGCCAUGAUGGUGCCGGACUAUGCCAUGAUCGCAGAGAUCUCCCUCUACUCCUUCGGCUUCAACGAGGCCAACGUGCUGGCCAAGAAGAUCACCACCACCUUCAAACUGUCCUCGGAGCAGCUCAGCUCCCAGGAUCACUACGACUUCGGGAUGAGAGCCGUGAAGACCGUGAUCUCGGCUGCUGGGAACCUCAAGCGGGAAAACCCCAACAUGAAUGAGGAGCUGAUCUGCCUCAGGGCCAUCCGCGACGUGAACGUGCCCAAGUUCCUGCAGGAGGACCUGAAGCUGUUUGCGGGCAUCGUGUCCGACCUGUUCCCCACCAUCAAGGAGGGGGGCACGGAUUACGGCAUCCUGGACACGGCCAUCCACACGGCCUGCGACAAGGAGAACCUGAAGGACGCGGAGGGCUUCCUGACCAAGUGUAUCCAACUGUAUGAGACCACAGUGGUGCGGCACGGCCUCAUGCUCGUGGGACCCACAGGCUCCGGGAAGAGUAUGUGUUACAAAGUCCUGGCGGCCGCGCUGACCUCACUCAAGGGGCAGCCGUCCAUCAGCGGUGGCGUGUACGAGGCUGUCAACUACUACGUGCUCAACCCCAAGUCCAUCACCAUGGGCCAGCUCUACGGGGAGUUUGACCUGCUCACCCACGAGUGGACAGACGGGAUCUUCCCCUCGCUCAUCCGCACGGGGGCCGUGGCAGCCGACACCAACAAGAAGUGGUACAUGUUCGAUGGGCCGGUGGACGCCGUCUGGAUCGAGAACAUGAACACGGUGCUGGACGACAACAAGAAGCUGUGCCUCAGCUCUGGGGAGAUCAUCAAACUCACCGAGGCGAUGACCAUGAUGUUCGAGGUGCAGGACCUGGCAGUGGCCUCGCCGGCCACAGUGUCCCGCUGCGGCAUGGUGUACCUGGAGCCCAGUAUCCUGGGGCUCCUGCCCUUUGUCCAGUGCUGGCUGAAGAAGCUGCCCGCCUGCGUGAGCCACCAUGAGGAGCAGUUCCAAGUCCUCUUUGCCAAAUUCCUGGAGGACUCCAUCACCUUCGUCCGGGCCUCGGUGAAGGAGGUGAUCGCCUCUACCAACAGCAACCUGACCAUGAGCCUCCUCAAGCUGCUCGACUGCUUCUUCAGGCCCUUCCUCCCCAGAGAGGGCCUCAGAAAGGUGUCCCCCGAGAAGCUGAACCGCAUCCCCGAGCUGAUCGAGCCCUGGUUCAUCUUCGCCCUGGUCUGGAGCGUGGGUGCCACGGGGGACAGCGCGGGCCGCGCCAUGUUCAGCCACUGGCUCAGGAACAAGAUGGAGGCUGAAGACCUUGCUCUGCCCUUCCCGGAGGAGGGGCUGGUGUUCGACUACAGGCUGGAGGACGGGGGCAUCAGCAACACUGGCGAAGAUGACGACGAGGAAGAUGAGGCCAGCAAGCAGGUGGCCUGGGUGAAGUGGAUGGACGCGUCAGCCCCGUUCACCAUGGUGCCCGACACCAACUACUGCGACAUCAUCGUGCCCACCAUGGACACCGUACAGAUGUCCCACCUGCUGGGCAUGCUGCUGUCCAACAACAAGCCGGUGCUGUGCAUCGGGCCGACAGGCACCGGGAAGACCCUCACUGUCACCGACAAGCUCCUCAAGAACCUGCCGCUGGAGUACAUCAGCCACUUCAUCUCCUUCUCGGCCCGCACCUCGGCCAACCAGACGCAGGACCUCAUCGACAGCAAGCUGGACAAGAGGCGGAAGGGUGUGUUUGGCCCCCCUCUGGGGCGCACCUUCAUCUUCUUCAUCGACGACCUGAACAUGCCGGCCCUGGAAACAUACGGCGCCCAGCCACCCAUCGAGCUGCUGCGGCAGUGGAUGGACCACGGGGGCUGGUAUGACCGCAAAGCCAUCGGGGCCUUCAAGAACCUGGUGGACAUCAACUUUGUGUGCGCCAUGGGCCCCCCGGGUGGGGGCAGGAACGCCAUCACCCCGAGGCUGACGCGGCACUUCAACUACCUGUCCUUCACCGAGAUGGACGAGGCCAGCAAGAAGCGCAUCUUCUCCACCAUCCUGGGGCGCUGGAUGGAUGGACAGCUCGGGGAGAAGAGUCACCGGGAGCCAGUGCCCGGGGCCCCCCACCUCACCCACAUCACAGAGUCCCUGGUGGAAGCCACCAUCACAGUGUACAGCACCGUCACCUCCCAGCUGCUGCCCACGCCGGCCAAGUCCCACUACACCUUCAACCUGCGGGACCUCUCCAAGGUCUUCCAGGGCAUGCUCAUGGCCGAGGUGGCCAAGGUGGAGGACCUGGUGCAGCUGCUGCGCCUCUGGCACCACGAGAGCUGCCGCGUGUUCCGGGACCGGCUGGUGAAUGAGGAGGACCGCGGCUGGUUCGACGGGCUCCUGCAGGGCCGCCUGGAGCAGUGGGACGUGUCCUUCGCGGCCGUCUGCCCCUUCCAGCCCAUCCUUUACGGGGACUUCAUGUCUCCGGGCUCUGACGUCAAGUCCUACGAGCUCAUCACCAAUGAGAAGAAGAUGAUGCAGGUCCUGGAGGAGUACAUGGAAGACUACAACCAGAUCAACACGGCCAAGCUGAAGCUGGUGCUCUUCCUGGAUGCCAUGAGCCACAUCUGCCGCAUCAGCCGCACCCUUCGCCAGGCGCUGGGCAACGCGCUCCUGCUGGGCGUGGGAGGCAGCGGCCGCAGCUCCCUCACGCGCCUGGCGUCACACAUGGCGGAGUACGAGUGCUUCCAGAUCGAGCUGUCCAAGAACUACGGCAUGGUGGAGUGGCGUGAGGACGUGAAGAGGGCCCUGCUCAAGGCCGGCUUGCAGCACCUGCCGCUCACCUUCCUGUUCGCCGACACCCAGAUCAAGAACGAGUCCUUCCUGGAGGACAUCAACAACAUCCUGAACUCGGGGGACAUCCCCAACCUGUACUCCCCAGACGAGCAGGACCAGAUUGUCAACACCAUGCGGCCCCUUGUCCAGGAGCAGGGCCUGCAGCCCACCAAGGCCAACCUCAUGGCUGCCUACACACGGCGAGUGCGCAGCAACACCCACAUGGUGCUCUGCAUGAGCCCCAUCGGAGAGGUCUUUCGAGCCCGCCUCAGGCAGUUCCCCUCCCUGGUCAACUGCUGCACCAUCGACUGGUUUAACGAGUGGCCAGCAGAGGCGCUGGAGUCUGUGGCCAACAUGUUCCUGAAUGAGAUCCCCGAGCUGGAAGCCACUGCUGAAGUGAUUGAUGGCCUGAUCCAGGUGUGUGUGUGCAUCCACCAGUCGGUGGCCAGCAAGUGUGCUGAGUUCCUGGCCGAGCUGGCCCGCCACAACUACGUGACCCCCAAGAGCUACCUGGAGCUGCUCAACAUUUUCUCCAUCCUCAUCGGGCAGCGGAAGAAGGAGCUGAAAACUGCCAAGACCCGCAUGAACAGCGGCCUCGACAAGCUGCUGCGUACCGCGGAGGAUGUGUCCAGGAUGCAGGAGGACCUGGAGAUCAUGCGGCCCAUGCUGGAGGAGGCCGCCAAGGACACCAUGCUCACCAUGGAGCAGAUCAAGGUAGACACGACCAUUGCCGAAGAGACCCGGAACUCCGUGCAGGCAGAGGAAGCCAAGGCCAACGAGAAGGCCAGGAAGGCCCAGGCCAUCGCGGAUGACGCUCAGAAGGACCUGGACGAGGCCCUGCCGGCCCUGGACGCGGCCCUGGCCAGCCUGCGCAACCUAAACAAGAAUGACGUGACUGAGGUGCGGGCCAUGCAGCGACCCCCGCCGGGCGUGAAGCUGGUCAUCGAGGCUGUGUGUAUCAUGAAGGGCAUCAAGCCCAAGAAGGUGCCCGGGGAAAAGCCAGGUUCCAAGGUGGACGACUACUGGGAGCCAGGCAAGGGGCUGCUGCAGGACCCCGGCCGAUUCCUCGAAGGCCUCUUCAAGUUCGACAAGGACAACAUCGGGGAUGCAGUGAUCAGAGCCAUCCAGCCGUACAUCGACAACGAGGAGUUCCAGCCGGCCGCCAUCGCCAAGGUGUCCAAGGCCUGCACCUCCAUCUGCCAGUGGGUGCGCGCCAUGCACAAGUACCACUUCGUGGCCAAGGCCGUGGAGCCCAAGCGGCAAGCCCUGCGGGAGGCGCAGGACGACCUGGAGGUGACGCAGCGCGUCCUGGAGGAGGCCAAGCAGCGCCUCCUGGAGGUGGAGGACGGCAUCGCCACCAUGCAGGCCAAGUACCGCGAGUGCGUGGCCAAGAAGGAGGAGCUGGAGCUCAAGUGCGAGCAGUGUGAGCAGCGCCUGGGACGCGCCGACAAGCUCAUCAACGGGCUUUCGGACGAGAAGGUGCGCUGGCAGGAGACGGUGGAGAGACUGGGGUACACGCUGGACAACAUCUCGGGGGACGUGCUGGUGGCCGCCGGCUUCGUGGCCUACCUGGGCGCCUUCACGGGACAGUACCGCUCGGCGCUCUACGACCAUUGGAUCAGGCAGCUCAAGCUGCACCAGGUCCCCCACACCACGGAGCCCACGCUCAUCGGGACGCUGGGGAACCCCGUGAAGAUCCGCUCCUGGCAGAUCGCAGGCCUGCCCAACGACACGCUGUCGGUGGAGAAUGGGGUCAUCGCCCAGUUCUCCCAGCGCUGGGCCCACUUCAUCGACCCCCAGGGCCAAGCCAACAAGUGGAUCCGGAAUAUGGAGAAGGACAACGGGCUGGACGUGUUCAAGCUGAGUGACCGGGACUUCCUGCGCAGCCUGGAGAAUGCCAUCCGCUUUGGCAAGCCCUGCCUCCUGGAGAAUGUGGGCGAGGAGCUGGACCCCGCCCUGGAGCCCGUGCUGCUCAAGCAGACGUACAAGCAGCAAGGGAACACAGUGCUGAAGCUGGGGGACACAGUGAUCCCCUACCAUGAGGACUUCAAGAUGUACAUCACCACCAAGCUACCCAACCCCCACUACACGCCUGAACUCGCCACCAAGCUCACCCUCAUCAACUUCACCCUGUCGCCCAGCGGCCUCGAGGACCAGCUCCUGGGCCAGGUGGUGGCAGAGGAGCGGCCCGACCUGGAGGAGGCCAAGAACCAGCUGAUCGUCAGCAACGCCAAGAUGCGCCAGGAGCUGAAGGACAUCGAGGACCAGAUCCUGUUCCGGCUGAGCUCCUCCGAGGGCAACCCCGUGGACGAUGUGGAGCUAAUCAAGGUGUUGGAGGCCUCCAAGAUGAAGGCCGCGGAGAUCCAGGCCAAGGUGCGGAUCGCAGAGCAGACGGAGAAGGACAUCGACCUCACGCGCAUGGAGUACGUCCCUGUGGCGGUGCGCACACAGCUGCUCUUCUUCUGCGUGUCCGACCUGGCCAACGUGGACCCCAUGUACCAGUACUCCCUCGAGUGGUUCCUCAGCAUCUUCCUCUCGGGCAUCGCCAACUCCGAGCGUGCAGACACCCUGAAGAAGCGCAUCGCCAACAUCAACCGCUACCUGACCUACAGCCUCUACAGCAACGUCUGCCGCAGCCUCUUUGAGAAGCACAAGCUGAUGUUCGCCUUCCUACUGUGCGUCCGCAUCAUGAUGAACGAGGGCAAGAUCGACCAGGGUGAGUGGCGCCACCUCCUGUCCGGCGGCCCCAUCCAGACCGUGUUGGAGAACCCUGCCAUGGACUGGCUGUCCGAGCGGGCCUGGCGGGACAUCCUGGCACUCUCGAACCUGCCCACCUUCUCCCUCUUCGCCACCGACUUCGUGAAGCACCUGUCCCAUUUCCGGGCCAUCUUUGACAGCCCCGAGCCCCACCGGGAGCCCUUGCCCGGCAUCUGGGACCGGUACCUGGACCAGUUCCAGAAGCUGCUGGUGCUCCGCUGCCUCCGUGGGGACAAGGUCACCGAUGCUAUGCAGGACUUUGUGGCCAGCCACCUAGAGCCCCGCUUCAUCGAGCCGCAGACGGCCAACCUGUCGGUGGUGUUCAAGGACUCCAGCGCCACCACGCCCCUCAUCUUCGUGCUGUCGCCUGGCACCGACCCGGCCGCCGACCUCUACAAGUUUGCUGAGGAGAUGAAGUUCGCCAAGAAGCUCUCUGCCAUCUCCCUGGGCCAGGGGCAGGGCCCUCGUGCAGAAGCCAUGAUGCGCAGCUCCAUCGAGCGGGGCAAGUGGGUCUUCUUCCAGAACUGCCACCUGGCCCCCAGCUGGAUGCCAGCCCUGGAACGGCUCAUCGAGAACACCAACCCCGACAAGGUGCACCGGGACUUCCGCCUGUGGCUCACCAGCCUGCCCAGCAACAAGUUCCCAGUGUCCAUCCUGCAGAACGGCUCCAAGAUGACCAUCGAGCCGCCCCGCGGCGUCAAGGCCAACCUGCUGAAGUCCUACAACAGCCUCAGCGACGACUUCCUCAACUCCUGCCAGAAGACGGCCGAGUUCAAGUCGCUGCUGCUGUCGCUGUGCCUGUUCCACGGGAACGCGCUGGAGCGCCGCAAGUUCGGGCCCCUGGGCUUCAACAUCCCCUACGAGUUCACGGACGGGGACCUGCGCAUCUGCAUCAGCGGGCAGGCGGGCCCUCAGUUUGGGUGUUCUGGCGCCCCCGGCCCCCAGGGCUACCUCGCCUACAUCAAGAGCCUCCCGCUCAACGACAUCCCCGAGAUCUUCGGCCUGCACGACAACGCCAACAUCACCUUCGCCCAGAACGAGACCGCUGCCCUGCUGGCCGCCAUCAUCCAGCUGCAGCCCAAAUCCUCCUCUGCGGGGGGCCAGGGCCGGGAGGAGGUGGUGGAAGACCUGGCCCAGAGCAUCCUGCUCAAGGUGCCCGAGCCCACCAACCUGCAGUGGGUGAUGACCAAGUACCCAGUGCUGUAUGAGGAGUCCAUGAACACCGUGCUGGUGCAGGAGGUCAUCAGGUAUAACCGGCUGCUGCAGGUGAUCACACAGUCUCUGCGGGACCUGCUCAAGGCGCUCAAGGGGCUGGUGGUGAUGUCCUCGCAGCUGGAACUGAUGGCGGCCAGCCUGUACAACAACGCCGUGCCCGAGCUCUGGAUGGCCAAGGCCUACCCGUCACUGAAGCCGCUGGCCUCCUGGGUCAUGGACCUGCUGCAGCGCCUGGACUUCGUGCAGACCUGGAUCCAGGAAGGCAUCCCGGCCGUCUUCUGGAUCAGUGGCUUCUUCUUCCCCCAGGCCUUCCUGACGGGCACCCUGCAGAACUUCGCGCGCAAGUCCAUCAUCUCCAUCGACACCAUCUCCUUCGACUUCAAGGUGCUGGGCCAGCAGCUGUCGGCCAUCACGGAGAGACCCAUAGAGGGCUGCUACAUCCACGGGUUGUUCUUGGAAGGGGCCCGCUGGGACUCCGCCAUCUUCGAGUUGGCCGAGUCCCGGCCCAAGGAGCUCUACACAGAGAUGGCCGUCAUCUGGCUCCUGCCAAUGCCCAACCGCAAGGCCCAGGACCACAACUUCUACCUGUGCCCAAUCUACAAGACACUGACCCGUGCUGGGACACUGUCGACCACAGGCCACUCCACCAACUAUGUCAUUGCUGUGGAGCUCCCCACCCAGCUGCCCCCGCGACACUGGAUCCAGCGUGGCGUGGCCCUCCUCUGUGCCCUGGACUACUAGCGUCCUCAUUAAAGCACUUCAGCUCAUCCUG